AUGUGUGUAUUAUUUUCAAAUGAAACAUUGGGGAAAGGUAGCUCUGUAAAAGUAGGAGCAUUUGUUAAUAAGCCAUUUAUUAAAUGGAAAAAUGCUCUAGAAUAUUUUAUAACGCAUUCAAAUGCUGAUUAUCAUAAAUUAUCAACUUUAAGAGCGGAAGAGUUUGUUAAAAUAAUAGAAAAUAAAACAGUUGAUGUAGCAACCCAAGUAAAUUCUUCUAGGAAAGCUCAAGUUAUCGAAAAUCGCUUAAAAUUAAUAUCAAUAAUAAAAACAAUAAUUUUUUGCGGUCGUCAAGAAUUAGCUAUGAGAGGUCACGACGAUAGUGGGCCAAUUUUUAAUUGUGAGAAAGAUAAUAAUAACGGUAACUUUCGAUCUUUGUUAAGAUUUCGAGCAUUAAGUGGUGAUCUGACUCUAAAAAAUCAUUUGAUGAAUUCAUCGGGAAAAUCGGUUUACAUUAGUCCCAUAAUUCAAAAUGAAAUUAUACAAAUAUGUGGCUCUCUUAUUCAAAAAGAAAUUGUAUUUAAAGUGAACCAAGCAAAAUUCUUUGCUAUUUUAGCAGACGAAGCAUGUGAUAUAUCUCGUAUCGAACAAAUGUCUUUGUGUGUUAGAUAUAUUGAUAACGGUUGUAUCAGAGAAGACUUUUUAAAAUUUGUCCCUAUUUAUGAUGCUAGUGGAAAAGGUAUGGCAUAUACAAUUAUUCGAGAAAUAGGAAAAUUAGGACUUAAAAUAGAAAAUUUAAUCGGGCAAGGUUACGAUGGAGCGAGUGCAAUGAGUGGCUUGUAUAAUGGUGUCCAAAAGUAUAUUAGAGAUGAAAUACCACAUGCACUUUACGUUCACUGCGCGGCUCACUCGCUUAAUUUAGCAACCGGAAAAUCGUGUACCAUUCCUGAAAUACGAAACUGUAUUGGGUCAGCUUCUACAAUUAUAAAUUUCUUUCGAAAAUCUCCAAUGAGAUCGAAGUUUUAA